GUCUGCAAACAUUGAAUCACCAACCAACCACCACCACAUCAACAACACACCUCACUUACGAGUCCCCAACGCGCCCCCAACGCGCCCACAAGAGCUCCCUCUCAAGCUCUUUUAACCAACCCCAUCGACUCGCCUUUGGUCUCUUCAAAGGCACCGCUCCCACCACGGCUCCUCCGGCCGUGAGCUUCGUCAGUGACAAAGAUUUCAGCCUCCGCAAGCCUUCCCACAUCAUCAACGUCAUCCCUCCUCCUGCUGCUGCCGGAAUCGACGCCUAAGCUCCUCGACCUUCUCGUCUUGGACAACCCCCGACCCGAAUCAACUCCCCCGCCGUCCUUGGACGACCACCAGCUGCCGCAUAGGAGGAUUCCAGAGGUUCUUCCUCUCACCGAGGAAGAGUCGAGGAGGCCUCGCCAGAUCACUGAGGGAUCAGUCUGCUACCGCUCUCGACCGCCCUAACACCAGCUCAACCCCCCACGGUUAAGCUACACUACUCUCAAUCCUCGAGGAACACAAACGUCUCUCGUGCGACCCAACCACUCAACACCCUCUCUUCAAUCCCACCCCAGUCGCAGACUACUUCUUGGGAUAUGGUUAUGGCAACGGCUGUCCUCGACACCUACAACCACAAUGUCAAUCACCCUCAUAUCGCAUUAAAGAGGCCCAUCUACCAGGAACCUCUUGAGCAACAUGGCGUGAUUACCCCAAAGCAGCUUAUUGGCGAGGCUCUCCACCAGCGUGUGGAGGCCAUCGACCAUGAGAUGUGCGACCCUGGCGAUGAAGACACCUUCUUCGUCGCGGACCUCGGCGAGGUCUACCGCCAGCACCUUCGCUGGAAGAAGAACCUGCCUCGCGUCCGCCCCUUCUAUGCCGUCAAGUGCAACCCCGACACCCAGAUCAUCAAGCUCCUCGCCGAGCUCGGCACCGGCUUCGAUUGCGCCUCCAAGGCCGAGAUCGAGCAGGUCCUUUCCCUGGGACUUAGCCCUGACCGCAUCAUCUACGCCCAGCCUUGCAAGACCAACUCGUACGUCCGUUACGUCAAGACUGCUGGCGUCAAGCAGAUGACCUUUGACAACUCCGAUGAGCUCUACAAGAUCGCCAAGCUCUACCCCGGAGCCGAGCUCUUCCUCCGCAUCAUGACCGACGAUAGCGAGAGCAUGUGCCGCUUCAGCAUGAAGUUUGGUGCCGCCAUGGAGACCGCCGAGGGCCUGCUGGCUCUUGCCAAGCAGCUCGGUCUCAACGUUGUCGGUGUCAGCUUCCACGUCGGCUCCGGAGCCUCUGACCCUCUGGCUUUUUACAAGGCCGUCCGCGAUGCUCACACCGUCUUCCAGCAGGCCCGUGAGCUUGGCUUCAACAUGCGAACCCUCGAUGUUGGAGGUGGUUUCUCCGGCGACACUUUUGAGACCAUGGCUGAGGUCCUCCGUGAAGCCCUCGACGAGUUCUUCCCUCCUGGUUGCGGAGUCGACAUCAUGGCCGAGCCUGGCCGUUACUACGUCGCCACGGCCUUCACCAUCGCCUGCAACAUCAUCGCUCGACGAACUGUUGAGGACCCCACCCUCGACGGCAAGGGGUACAUGGUCUAUGUCAACGACGGCGUCUACGGCAACUUUUCCAACAUCGUCUUCGAUCACCAGACCCCCGUCGCAAAGAUCCUCCGUGCCUCUGGAAAGACCCUCUACGAGACGCCCUCUGCUCACCCAGUUCCCGCUGGUGAGGGUGUCGAGUACUCCAUCUGGGGCCCGACCUGUGACGGCAUCGACCGCGUCACCGAGAGCAUCCGCUUCGACCCCAUCCUCGACGUCGGUGACUGGCUCUACUUUGAGGACAUGGGCGCCUAUACCAAGUGCUCUGCCACUCAGUUUAAUGGCUUCUCCAACGCUCACGACGUCAUCUACAUCUGCAGCGAGCCGGGUGCCAAGGCCCUUCUCGGCCUGUGAUCUGUCGUAUGGCAGUAGAACGGAAAUCUAGGUGUUUAAUCUGGGUGCAAGCUCGAAUUUCUCCCUAGAUCCAUGUUUCAUUCUUACUCCCGUUGGUCUCGGGAGGGCAUUUUGUCGACGCUUUUUUUGUCCUUCACUCAUGUGAAGCAGAGCUACAGUGCAGAGUGGCUGCAUGCCACUAGAGCUAGAAAUCAAGAACGCAUCAGUUUAUCAGAGAGCAUCUUGAUAUAAUACACAUAUCAAUUGCCUAUCG